AUGACCGGUUCCACCAGUUCUAAUGUAGCUUUAUGGGCGACUUUCACGGCAAUUUCCUUUGCUGUAGGCUAUCAGUUCGGUUUAUCGAAGGCAUCAUCGACUAAGAAUUCCUCAGCUGUUAUAUUGCCCUUGAAGAAAGUGAAGAAGGGAAAGUUGGAGAAUGAUACAGAUGAAGAAGAAAGCGAAAACGAAAACGAAAGCGAUGAGGACGAAGAUAUUGAAUCUACCUCAUUGAAUGACAUACCCGGAGAAGUUAGGAUGGCAUUGGUAAUUCGUCAAGAUCUCGCCAUGACAAAGGGCAAGAUAGCAGCACAAUGUUGUCACGCAGCAUUGUCGUGUUUCAGACAUAUUGCGACGGAUCCCGCGCGUGCUUCAUACAAUGCAGUCAUGGCGCAAAGAUGGUUAAAUGCUGGGCAAGCCAAAAUAACGUUGAAAUGUCCUGACAAGUUUACCAUGGACGAGUUGUAUGCGAAGGCUAUUUCACUUGGGGUGAAUGCAACGGUUAUUCAUGAUGCUGGUAGAACGCAGAUUGCGGCAGGAAGUGCUACCGUGUUGGGUUUGGGACCUGCUCCAAAAGUUGUAUUGGACCAAAUAACUGGUGAUCUGAAGUUGUAUUGA